UUCGCUGAGGAGACGGCGACGGCCUAAGGGAAAUGGCGGCCGGCGGGGCCUUGCUCCACAGCUACGCGGAGGCGGUGCAGGCGUCUAAACAGGAAAGCUCAUUGCCGUCUUAAUGUCAGAAGCAAAUAUAUACAUGUUUUUUAAAGGAGCUCGGUUUUCCUCGGACUUAGAUACUUUUUCUGAAACUGAAAUUGUAAAAGCCAGUAGUGAUCCAGAAAAGUUUUGGCCGUAGCCAUGAAUUGCGGAAAUAAGUUUGUGGAAACUUUACACAAAAUUGGUUAUCCCGAGGCCGACGCUCUCAAUGGAGAAGACUUCGACUGGUUGUUUGAGAUGGGAGAGGAUAAGUCAUUUUUGGAGUGGUUCUGUGGAAACGUGAGCGAGCAGCAUGUACUGUCCGAAAAAGAAUUGCAGGCUUUCAGGGCCCUUCAGAAAUCCGGCCGGCCCAUCUUGGAAGACCAGGCUUUGGACGAAGUCCUGAAAACGUGCAAAACCUCUGACUUGCAGACGUCUGACGUAGAAGAGGUAGAGUUGGUAAAACUGGAGAAGGAGCUCCAGGCCCUGCAGCAAGUCAGAUCCCUCAAACUUCAGCGACGGAAUAAACUGCAGCUGCUGGCUUCGGCCAACAGCCACCGAUCGCUGAGGUUAAGCGCCAAAGAGGAGGAAGCCUCCAGACACAUGAAGGAGACCCGGGGACAUUUGAGUUCUGCCGGUGGCAAGAUCAAUAACGAACUUCAAAGGCUGGUCGGGGGAGUGAAGGAGCUGAUGUCAUUCUUCAGCUUUUCGGAAGAAGGGGCGAGCACGCCCGUCUUUUUGUGUCAGCUUGCCUUGGAAAGCUACGUGAGCCAGCAGGAACAGAGCACAGCCGCCCUGACCUCCUAUACCAGGAAGCAGUUCUUUCAAGGUAUAUGCGAGGUGAUGGAAAAUUCCAACGAGGAAAACUUCCAGCUGGUAGACUUGCACACCCAGACCGUUCAGGGCGACAGUGGCAUUGGUGAGGAGAUGACGCGGCUGCAGCUGGCUUACGCUUGUGCCCAGCAUCAAGUAGUCUGGUUGAAAGCCAAGAAUUUGAGCAUCAGGUCGGGCAUACAGUGGGCAGAAGAGAAUCUUCACACUCUGAGUAGCAAGACUUUCGUCAAAGAGCACCUAGAAGCCAAAAUUUCUGACUUGAAUGACGAGAUUUCAAAACUCGAGGGGCAGAUCUCCCAAAGCGGUAACAAGACUCUGCCCGACUUGAUAAAGGAGGACACCCAGUCCCUGAAUAUGCCGGUCGUCAAAGGAGAUUUUGACCUCCAGAUUGCCAGACAAGACUAUUAUGCCUCCAGACAGGAGCUGGUGUGCUCGCAGCUGAUCAAGCAGAAGGCGUCAUUUGAACUCCUGCAGCUGGCUUUUGAAAUCGAGUCGCGGAAGCACCGAGACAUUCACCGCCAACUGGAGGGAUUAGUCCAGGAGCUCCGGCACAGUAACGCAGCGCUGUCCCAGGGAUCGGAAGCGCUCGCCGACACGCCACUGUCUCAAUCUCCAAAGCCGAGGAGUACGAUCGAUUCGAAGGAUAUCGCUACUCAGCGACUCUAUCAGCUUCUGGAAGGGGAAAAUAAGAAGCAGCAGCUGUUCAGAACAUACGAAGGUCUGGAGGAAGUGGCUCGGAAGUUAAAGCAAGACAUCUCCUCGGUGCAAGAUGAGUUGACGGUGUCGGCUCAGGAGCAGGCCCUGUUUCUGGCCAAGCUGAAUUCUGGUGUAGAAAUGCUCUGUGAACCUUUGUACGGUGGAGGAAAUCAGCUUCUGCUUAGUAGUCCGGAGCUCACCGAGCAGUUUCAUCAAGUCGAAGCUCAGCUGACUAAGCUGAACCAUCUUCUGAUGGACAUUCUUGCUGACGUGAAGGCCAAGAGAAGAAUUCUGGAGACUGACAAGCUGCAGCAAAUGGAAAGGCACUUAUAUAUGUAUUUUUUCCAAGACGAAGAACAUCUGACAGACGUUGUGAAGAGUUUAGAGCAUCAGUCCAGGAUUAAGAGGAUAGGUCUUGAAGGGUAAAGAGGAAAUCAUUUUGAAAGUGGAAGGUAAUUUGAAGGUAGUGUUUUAACUGCUGUUAUCUCUGGAGUAGAAAUGUGGUCCGAUAGUCACGUUACUAAUUUUAUAUUGUAAAUUUUAGGUCAGCGGAACAUUUUAUCCCAAGUGCCGUUCCUUAAAAGGAAAUCGGAUGAUUUAAUAUUGCAGCGUCCAGACAGAUAGACGUGCCUUCAUUCUUUUAGACUUUUAUUCCGUAGAAAUGAGAAGUUGUUUCUGUAGGGGAACGCUCUCAAAACUUUGCGAGCGUACGUUUUAGCAUCGUGGCGAGGGGGUCGAGUUGGAAACUAAACCACUUAAAACAACCUU